AAUUGCAGAUGCCACAAAGGAACCUAAUCUCCACUAACUGAAUGGUCGUCAAGGGUGUGAAUUCUGCUCUUUUUCUGUAGCUGUGUGAAAAGUUUAACAGCCUGGGCUUGCACCUCCUUUGGUUUUCAUGAUGGCAGCAACUAGUGGAGAAAGCCAGCUACAGAGGAUUAUCAGAGAUUUGCAAGAUGCUGUGGCAGAGCUAAGCAAAGAAUUUAAAGAAGGAGGGGAACCAAUCACUGAUGACAGCAUCAACUUGCAAAAGUUUUCCUACAAGCUUGAGUACCUUUUACAGUUUGACCAGAAAGAAAAGACCACCCUGCUGGGGAACAGAAAAGACUACUGGGAUUACUUCUGCGACUGCCUGGCUAAAGUCAAAGGAGCUAAUGAUGGGAUCCGCUUUGUUAAGUCAAUUUCAGAGCUCAGAACAUCUCUUGGUAAAGGAAGAGCAUUUAUACGUUACUCCUUAGUACACCAAAGACUGGCAGACACUUUGCAACAAUGUUUUAUGAAUACCAAAGUAACAAGUGACUGGUACUAUGCAAGAAGUCCAUUUCUGAAGUCUAAAAUGAGUUCUGACAUUGUGGGUCAACUCUAUGAGUUAACUGAGGUUCAGUUUGACUUGGCCUCAAGAGGGCAUGACUUAGAUGCUGCUUGGCCAACAUUUGCCAGGAGGACAUUGUCCUCACAUGGCUCUUCAGCAUAUUUGUGGAAGCCUCCAAGUCGCAGUUCAAGCAUAAGUAGUUUAGUGAGCAACUAUUUGCAGACACAAGAGUUUCCAGGUAGCCCUGAUACAAAUAACUCACUAAAUGCUGAACACUUGGAGGGAUUUGAAGAGAUGCGUGUGGAACUUGACCAGGGAGAGCUGAGGCAGAGGGAGCUGCGGGAGCAGAUUAAUCAGCUACAGAAGGAAAACCAGGAGCUACAGGCAGCUGUCAGCCUUCAGAAAGAACAAGUGCAAGUGGAAAAGGAAAAGAGCAGCAACUUCAACGAGGAGAACUCCAGACUGACAAAGACGAUAGCGGAGUUACAGAAACAGUGUGAGGUUUCCCGCUCCACUCAGAGCACUGUUCAUGACCUACAAAAAUGUGUGCAGGCAUUAGAAGUGAAUGCAGCCAAGCAGCAAAAGGAAUACCACACAAGGCUUGAGCAAAUGGAGUCAAGUAAGAAGGACUAUGCCUCAGAACUGCAGCUCUUGAAUCAGGAGCUGGAAACCACCAGGGCUUCGGUCAGCAUGAAGGAUCUCUGCAUCAGUGAGCUCCAGACCAAGCUAAGUUCAACAGAGCAGAAGAAUCUAGAGCUCAUUGCAAAAGUUGAUGCCGUCUUGGAUGAAAAAGGACAACAAACCUCUACCCAGUAUGAGACUACCCUAAAGAUCCAAGAAUUGCUGGAGAAACUUCACCAGGCAGAAGAGGAAAAGGCUGACAUCCAGAAACUAAAUAACAAACUUCUGUCUCAGGUAAAGACAGCGAGAGAGGAACUGCAGCUGAAAGAGGGGGCACAAAAAGAACUGGAAUCCAGAUUUAGUUGCCUCACCACGGACUCCAAAAAAGACAGUGAAAAACUGCUCAUGAGCCUGGAAAUGAUGGCAAAAGAAAUGGAUACAGUGCAGGAGGCACUGACUGUGAAAGGAAAGGAGGUGGCUGAACUCCAGAUCCAGCUGAAGGGCUCUCUGGCUCGUGUGGGGUCGCUGGAAAAAAAUCUUGAAGAGACCAGACGAGCAAAAGAGAACCUUCAGGAAGAGUGCAGGUGUAGGGAAGGUGCACUGAAGCAGGAAGCCAGAACCUUGGCAAAGCAACUUGAGCUGCAAGAGGAUCAUUUAUCAAAGCUGAGUCAGAAGGUGCACAGCCUAGAGGAGCAAAACCAAAAACUCCUCUCAAGCAAUGAUCAUCUCCUCCAGAAGGUAAAGGACAUGGAGGAGCUCACAGGACAACAGAGCUUGGCACUGAACGAAAUUGGUGAAGAAAGCAAGAAACUGAAAUCUGAGAAUGCAAAUCUGCACCAAACCAAGGAGAAGAUGAAAGAGAAGCAGAAAAACCUGGAGGCAUCUAAAGCCUCUUUGGAAGCUGAGUUGGCCAGGCUGAAGGCAUCGGAGAAACAGCUCCAGAGUCAGAUUGAUGAUGCCAUGGUGUCGGUGGAUGAAAAAGAGAAAAAGCUCCGGGAGCAGAACAAACAGUUGCACGAAGACUUGCAGAAUGUCACAAGGCAAAAUCAGAUCCUGGAAGAGAGGCUACAGUCUCUGCAUUCUGAAUACCAAGAACUGAGGCAAAGAGAAGAUACCAUCAAGGAGUCUUUAGCUGAAUUGAAAACAGAGCACAAGAGUGCCAAACAGCAUGGUUUACAGGUGGAAAAGAUUCUGUUUUCCUUGAAGGAGUGUGAAGAGUCUCUUAGGUCACAAGUUACAGAGAAAGAUGUGACACUGCAAGGCAUAGAGAACCAAUGCAAGCAGUUACAGGCAGAGAUUGAGAUGUACCAAAAAAAAGCAGAGUCCCUUGAGGUGGAAAAGCUAAAUAUGGAAAAAACAUGCCUUCAUCAAAUAAAAUUAAUUGAAUCUCUUACUGGAGAGAAGGAUUCAGUGGAGAAGGCCCAACUGGAGCAGGCAGCAUGUCAGGAGAAAAAGACACAAGAGUUGGCUUCCAGGCUAGCCGUGUCUGAAAAGCAGCUGCACAUCAACCAGAGUGAAGUGUCAAGGUUGCAGGCAGAAGUGAUUGACCUUCGAGCCAAGCUUCAGGAGACAGCUGAUGAGAGAGAGAGGAUGCAAGGCAAGCUGGAUGUCACGGAGGCAGUUCUGGGGGAACAAAAGACACUGGUCCAGCAGCUGAAAGAGCAGAGUGAGUCACUCAACAGAAACCAUGUGCAAGAGCUGGUGCAGUGUAAAGAAAGAGAGGAAACUCUGAAAAAAGAGUGGGAACAAGAAGCCCCUCAAAAGGCUGAGCUGGAGAAGAAUGUGCUGAGUCUUAGGGAAGAGCUAUCCAAGGUUAAUCAGUAUUUGGAGACUGUUAAAAUGGAAAAUGUAGAAACCAAUGACUUGCUCCACAGAACCAACACUGACAUGGCUGAACUUGGUAUUCAGAUCUGUACCUUGACCUCUGAGAAGGGGGAUGCAGAAGAGAAGCUGGCCCGGGUCACUGAGAAGCUCAGGGAAUUGGGUGAGCAAGCAGCAAAGGAGCAGGAGAGGCUGCAACUUGACAUAUCCAUGCUCAGGCAGGAGAACCAAGGCCUGACAGAGAAACUAAAGGAUUAUCAAGUACGCGUUGUAGCUGUUUCUAGCCUGCAAACACAGCUGGAGGUGGCAGAGAAACAGGCCCAAAGCUUCCAAGAGACCAGCAAAGAAGAGCUGUCUGCAAUAAAAUUUCAAAUGAGCACAGAGAUUAUAAAUUAUCAGACAAAAUUCAAGGCUGUCAGUGAAGAAUGCAAGAAAGUAAAAGAGCAGCUUGAGGAGCAGAAACGACAGCUGUGUGCUGCAGAGGAAGAGAUUGCAGAGCUUCACGCUGUAAACACGGAUCUGUCUAGCAGACUGGAGUAUGCAACAGAGCAAUUGACUGAAUAUGAAUCCACCAGGUUAAAAAAAGAUGAGGAGGUGAUGUUGCUGAAAAAACACUUGGAGAGGACCCAAAAAGAAGUUGACAAAGCGAGUGAGCAAGUCAAAGAGUAUGGUGACAAACUCAACAAGGCGACAGCAGACAGAGACAGCAAUGAUCAGAAGUUGUUGGCCGAGCUAGACGAUCUAACUAGAACAAAGCAAUUCCUUGAAGAACGUUUGAUUGAACUUCUCAGGGAUAAGGAUGCACUUUGGCAGAAAUCAGAUGCUCUGGAAUUUCAGCAGAAGCUCUGUGCAGAGCAAAGAUGGCUUGGUGACAUGGAAGUAAAUCAUUGCCUGAGCUGUCAGCGAGAGUUUACUUGGAUGAUGCGCCGACACCACUGCAGACUGUGUGGUCGCAUUUUCUGCUAUUACUGCUGUAACAACUACAUGAUGACCAAACACAGUGGCAAGAAGGAGCGAUGCUGUAGAGCUUGCUUCAAUAAACCUAGGGUGAUCGUGGAUUACACGGAUGACUCUGGCUCCCGUGCGAGCCAAGAAGAACCACCAGCUCCGCUAAAUUCAGCAGUGUCUCCGACCCAGGAAGGUACAGUUACAAAUGAAACCUCCAAACCACCAGAUGAUGCAGUGUUUGAUAUAAUCACAGAUGAGGAACUGUGCCAAGUGCAGGAAUCUGACUCUGUCCAUAACGAAAGUCAGGCUGAAGUAGAGUAUCUGGACCAGAGUGACACAGAUCUAAACAGCACGUGUAAUUCUUCAACCUUGGAUGACUCUGAAGAAUUGCAAGUGUCCCAAGAUGCUGAGAUAUGUUUGCUGAAGUCAGGAGAACUGAUGAUAAAAUUACCCCUUACAGUUGAAGAGAUUUUAAAUUUUGGGGAAGACAACAGGGAGCUGUUCAUUAAGUCCAGCACCUACAGCAUCAUCCCUAUCACCGUGACAGAGACUGGCCUUACAAUCAGUUGGGUGUUUUCAUCAGACCCAAAGAGCAUAGCAUUCAGCGUUGUCUACCAAGAAUCAGAAGAAGCAACACUGGAUCAGUGCAAAAUACUCAUUCCAAUGACCCGCUGCAACUCUCAUAAGGAAACUAUCAGAGGGCAGGUGAAAGUGAGAAACUGUGGUAUCUACAUACUAAUAUUUGACAACACCUUCUCUAGGUUUAUCUCGAAAAAAGUAUUUUAUCACUUGACUGUUGAACAACCUGUGAUCUAUGAUGGAAGUGAUUUUCCAUAGCCUUGAAUAUAUGGUGUCCUUUUUUAAUUAUAUUUUUAAGAAACACUAUUAUUUAUGUGUAUGUAAGCUCUAAAAAUAUCAUUGUUUGAACACCUCCUUAAGCUAUGCAGUAGUUACAAAAUAAAGCACUUACAGUGUAUUUACACAAAAGAAAAGCCCUUCACAGGAACACUAAUGGCUCACUACUGUGUAGAGAUUGCUCAAAAGCCAUGUUGUUCAUAGAAUUGGUCAAAAAAAUGUUCUUCAACCUUUUUUCAAUGAAAAUUUGGUUUUUGACAAAAUUAAAAUUUUGGAUGUUUUUAUCAAAAAAAAUAGUUGGCUGAAAAACAUUAUUUUCUUGAAAAGCCUAUAUUUUUUUAUUGGAAAAUUUUGAUUAAAAUAAAAGUAAAAAAAUUGAAGUUUUCUGUUGGGGAAAAAACAUUUUCUGACCAGCUCAUAAUUAUAAAAAAACGCAACUAUGCAAUACUCUAGACGUUACAGCUAUGUAUUAUUAAAGGAUCAUUCUUAUCUUUUUUUAGACAUAUAAGCAAGAAAUAUACUUUUUAGAUAUUCAGUUUUGGUUUAAAAUGUCUAACUGGGUUUUAAAAAACACUGUGACAUUUAAUGUCUAUGACAAAAAAAAUGCUGCAACAGUUCUAAAAUUAAGAUUAUUUCUUCCACUCUUGAUCGCUCUUCUCUAUAAGUAGAUCCACUGAAAUCAAUGGAAGCUCUUGCAGAGUCAGGUAUCUCUCUAAGUAAUUUACAGUGGCAGAAUCUGGUAUAUAAUUGGCAGAAAAAACCAGCAGUUCUCGUGUGAGACAUUAAAGAAAGGGAAAGGGGCAUGUUUCUUUUUUCUGCUUUGGCUCUUUUAAACCACAGUGAUCACACAAAAAUAAAAACCUCUAAGGAUAUAGAUGACGAGAAUGAUUCCUUUCUAUAGAUUGAGUGGAAGGUAGCAAUCGGUGAGCCUCAUUGGGUUUGAUCCAAUCUAGAUAAAUUCACCCAAAACUGGAUGCAUAUCCAAACCUAGCGAGGGGCCUCGUCCUUCUCCCCUGUCCUCCUAUCCUUCUCUCUCCUGCUUACCAGUUCAGUCAGGUCACUUUCCUUUGUCCUUCCCCUUAUUCCUGCUUCCUCUACCUCAGCCUACCUGCUCCUCUGUUUCUUCCCUCCAAGUACAAAUGAUUUCCUCCACAUUUUCUGGCUAAAUCGGGUGACUCCUAUUACCAUUCUCCAUUGUCCACCCAGCCCUCAUGCUUCACUUUCUCCAUAUCCUCUCCCCCAUAUUUAUCUCCCUAGUACAAACCAGUGAUCUGCAGUCUCUGCUGGGCCAAGGGUGGCUCCUGUAUUCAAAUCUUAUGGACUUGUGGGCCAGGCUGGUUCAAAGUUUUCAAACAAAACUGGUUCUGGUGGAAAAUUGUUUUUUUUUAUUUUAAACAAAAAUCUCCAUAGAAAGUGUCUGCUUUCUGCACAAAAUUUGAGGGGUUCUUUCUUUUUUUGAGGGUUUUUAAUAAAAACUAGAAAAACAAAAGAUUUUGGGGCUUCAGUUGAAAAGUUCUCAGUUUAUCAAUAGAAAGUUGAACUUUUUUUUUUUUUUUUUUUUGAGCAGAGGAUGGACAUUUUCCAACCAGAUCUCCUCAUGGGUGAGAGAUAUCUCAGAAUGGACUGGAUAUCCCUCACCCAAGGAGCAUGGGAUUGUGUGACCAUCAGAGAUUUCAAUGCAGCAAUUGGUGGAUGCCCAAGUCUAGGCUGAAGGAUCUGGCUGGUUGACUGUAGAGAACUUGGAAAUGGGAGACAAAUUUGGGUACAAAAGAGCAUUGGAUGGGGAUGUGAGGGCUCUUUAUCAAAGGUUCAGUUCAGGAGAAGGAUUGAGGUUCAAAUGGGUGUGUAUAUUUUUCUGGUGCCGUUACUCAGCCCCAAUGGAUUCUCUUUGAUGGGGAUAGAACUGUUACUGUGAUGGCACAGAUUGUUCAUGCUGAUUGUGAGCACCAAGGUUCUGGUCACUUAACCACUAAUGAUAAAAGCCCAAGACAUUUCCUGGGGAUUAAUGAUCAUCUGAAAGGAGAGGAAUCCAUGUCCCAAGGUACAGCUGAAGGCCAGUAAUCCCUGUUGCUGAGGUCAUUAUUGCUGUUGUAAACAACAGUGAAAGGGGGUGGAUGUUGUUUAUGGGUGAUGCACUUUUUAAUUGAUCAGUAUAGCAUAUUUUUAGACCACAAAUGCCCUCGCUAUGCCCCCAAUCCAAAGCCCACUGAAAUAAAUGUAAAUCCUCUCAUUGAUUUCAACAGACUUUGGAUUGGGCCCUAUGUUAACCUGCCAGGAUUCUGACUCAUCUCGAGACAUUCCAUUGAGUUGACAACCCAGUUCGUCUUUCUUAUUAUAUCAAUACUACAUGUAAACUGCCUAUUGGAAGAUGUGUCAAAGAAAGAUGCAGGGUCCUUUUCUUUGUAGGAACAGAGAGGUCAGAGACCAUCACAACUGAGCUCUAUACUGUUGAAAAUACGAUUAAAUUUAAAAGAUUCUAGUCAAGAUGGAAAUGAGAUUAAAGCGAAUAGCACAUAAGCAAUAAACAAAUUACGCACUGGCAGUUUCAUUAUUUACUAGCAUAUUAUUUUAGUGCUGAGGUUAUGUUUUAUUCUUAUUUAGACAAUGAGAGUUUAUUUAAUGUUUAAAAGUGGAAUACUAUGUACCAUACACUAUGCAAUAUAAUGGCUGUUUAACUGAAGUCUACUGCAAUUUUCCUUAAACUUUUAGGUGUGAUUUUAAAAACAUUUUGCUACUGUUUUGCUAGAAUACCAAUUUCACUAAGAUAUUUUUCUUAAAAUGCCAAACAUAAGUUAAAGGGACACUGUCAAGUGGUAGGCCAAACUGUGAUCUAAUAUAUAUUAUAAAUAAUCUGGUGAAGGGUGGCCUCUGGAUUUACUUUUUCUGUCUUUUUUUUAAAUCUAUCACUCUGUUGCAAAGAUUUUUUAAAAAUGUGCUGUUUAUGUAGGGCCCAGAGUAGCUCUGCUUCUGCAAAAAACAAUAUCACAACCUCAAAUAUCAAAACCAUGAAUCUGCCCCGCCACCCCAAAAUCUAGAGAUUUAUAAGAUGAUCAUGCUAUUUUAAUAUUGGGCUUUUUAUUUACUUUUUUUGCUUUUGAGUCUUUAGGGUGCAUUUGCAUCAAAUUUUCACACUUUUCUCUGCAAGCAUCAGGGGUAGAAACUCACUUAUUGAAAAAGGAACGUUGAGAUACUCCUGCAACACCAUGACUUCAGCAGCUGGGGCUUAGUGAACAAUGCUAAAAACUGUAAGUGUUGGCAACACUGAGAAACAGCCAUCCAGCAUCAAAAGCACACGUUUAUUAACAGAAUUCUCUUAUCAGAGCUGUGCUAAGAUUGUCAGUUAUGAUCAACAAAGCUGAGACACAGACGAGAUAAGAAAUGUAGCAGUUGUACAUCAUCUGAAAUGCAGGAGUGUAUUUUUUUAACAAGCAUUUUCCAAUUGAAAAAGUUGAAAAACACCAAUAUCCCAGAGCUUCACCCUAGUGGGCUGUUAUGCUGACUGGGGAGCAACAGAGUAUGGCCUGUGCUCUGGCCACACCCCACACAUCAAAUGGAGAUGUGGCUAGGAGGGGGUGGCAGCUCCACAACAGCCACCUGGGCAAUCCCCAACUGCUCCACUAGGGUGGCUUUGGAGGCCCUUUGAUCUCUGGAGCGCUGCAGAGGCAAAAAAAAAAAUGCUAUUUUCAAGCCAAUACGAGGGUUUUUACAAAUAAUAUAUUUGGAAACAGGAGAUUUAUACUGUUAAUGUUCAAUGAAACAUUCUUAAUUAAAGUUUAUGGUGCUGUUUAAACUGAACCGGAAUCCAACCAUGCAAUCCAAAAGUCUGGAGUGUUGCUACAUAUCAGGCCAAGGUGCUGUGUGAAGAGGAUAGUGACAACCUGUUAACCUACCUGGUUUUCCAUUCGUCCAUUAAUAAAUGGAGGCAAAGCAGCCCCUAAUGGACUAUACAACAAACAGAAAACAAAUAGUCCAGAAGAAUGUUACAAAAACAGCCAUCAGUCAAGGGUCAUAAGCCGCAAUUCAACAAAAUACUUACGCACAUGCUUAACUUUGUAGUUGUGGGGAUGGCUCGUGUACUUAAAGUGAAGCACAUGCUCAUGUGCUUUGCUGAAAUUAGUCUUUUAAGAACUGGUGACCAGCAGCAAUGGAAAUAAGACAAAAGACACAAUUUAAUCUGUAAUGAAAUGAAAUGAAAAGUGAGUGGUACUUUUGUUACACAGACAGUACAGAUUAUAGCACAGCAGAAGCCAGUUACCCAACAACACAAUGCUCAUUACUGGGCUCAAGGAUUUACACAUAUUUAAGUAGCAGUAACAGUAAUGUGCAGCCAGGUGUUUUUUCCUGGGAGUCUGAGGAUGUGGCUAAUGAUUCUCUCCCACUAGAGUUUUCUCUGCAUAGGGUAGAAUUUACUUGUUUUUUCUCUUUUUGUUUUUUCAUUGCUUGACAGUGUUCCUUUACAUUUCUAUAAGUGUUACUGAAAAUUGGUUCAUGAAAACUUACUGACAUGUAUUGCAUAAAAAGAGUUUACAGCUUUGUAAAAUGCUGAAAUUGUAAAAGUGCAAUACGUGACUUUCCUUGGUUUUGUUUUAAAAUUGAAAUUGCACUAUAAUUUUAAUACUGCUCAGUGAAAUUUACUGUAACUUCUUCAGAAAUAUCUUUUGGUCAUAACUGCCAAAGAAUUGCACAAUUGCACCAAGUUCAACUUAACUUUCACAGAGGAAUAAAGCUUUUUUGAAUAUUGAGGUCUGUACAUUUAUGGGGAUGUAGACGGCUUUCUUGAUGCUUUUUAUUUUUACUCAGGAAUUCAAUAAAUAAAAUUAUGUAUCAUUUAGA